AUGAAACUUGCGAAGUACUUUUCGAUUUUUUCACAAAUAUUCGCAGAUGAAAGGAAGAGACCAAAUGUGAUUCUUCUUCUGGCAGAUGACUUUGGAGUCGGAGAUUUUCAAGUGAACCAGGCUAAAGCAAAAGUGCCAACGCCGAAUAUUGACAGAUUGGGGACAGAAGGAGUCAAUUUUAAGGAUGCGCACUCUGGAUCCUCCCGCUGCUCCCCAAGUCGCUACAUGCUCCUCACCGGAAGAUACUCUCUAAAAGACAGUAAAGAACGAAUCAUCAAGCCCGGGCGAGAACCACAUCUUGGUCUCAUGUUCAAAAAAGCUGGCUACACAACUGGCGUUUUCGGCAAAACUCAACCCUUCCAAACGAUGCUGAGGAACGAUAUCCAGUCGGAGGAUCACAUUCGCUGGAAGAAAUUGAACGAAUGGAAGAAGACAUACGCGAACGGGGAAAAAUUCAACGAUCGAUUCGACGAAAAACGCCUGUUUUUCCGACCCGGAAACUAUACCUUCAUGCUUUCUGAAAUCGACCAUGGCUUCGACUAUUCCUUCUCGGCGGAAUCUCCCUGCUGCUCGCCGAAUGGAUACUUUGAGAAUGGGAAGCAAGUUGAGCCGUUUACUGAGUGGGCGAUUCAGCGAUUUUUUCCAGAAGGAGGACCUACUCAAAGAGAGCUAGACACAGGCAUCAAAUUCUGGAAAGGCGCUUAUGUCGCCGCACCCUGGCCAAAAGAAGAAACCUACGGCGAGCGGUUCACCAACAACUACCCUCGAUCCAUGAUCGCUCAGCCCAAUUUCGACUCGCGAACAAAAGACUUGACCAUUUCAACGAAGCUCAAUGAGUUCAUCAAAGCCAAUGCUGAUUCGGAAAAGCCGUUCUUUGCGUACUACGGGAUGCGAUUUGGGCACGGGCCUUUCAACUCUCAGGAGAAAUUUAGAAAUACGACGGAAGUGGGGAUUGUGGGGGAGAUGAUUGCGGAGGCGGAUGAAAUGGUUGGAAAGCUGUUUAAAGCGCUUGAAGAAAGCAAUCAAAUCAACAACACUUUAAUCGUCCUCAUGUCCGACAAUGGCGCUGGAACCAACUACGAGCCCGUCAACGAAGCUCUCUACGGCCAUACUCAAAACGCAAUCGAUCUCACGAACGGCGAUCACGGCGUCCAAAACGUCCGACUGAAGGGAGGAAAGGGAACGAAUUGGGAAGGAGGGCACAGAAUGCCCUUUAUGUGGUGGUAUCCAAAGGGGUUCCCGGCGAGGACGAUCGAGGAUAAAAUCGUUUCGUACGUCGAUGUCUACAGAACCCUUUCCGACCUGGUCGAAUACAAGCCAAAAUGCAACGAAGGCCCAGAUAGCCGAUCUCUCUUCCCGCUUCUCACCGGCGCUUCGGACAAAAUCGACGGUCCUGAAGAAAUCAUGACUCAUGCAGUCCACUUCGCUCCCCAGGCGAUCCGCUGGCGAAAAUGGAAACUCAUGCCGAAAAGCAAAGAGUUCUACAAGAUCGAAUGCGACCCGGCAGAAGAAAACAACCUCUGGGACAAAGAAUGGGCUCAACAAAUGAUCCAAAGAUGGGGUGCCAAGCUCGAAAGUAACAUUGCAAGAAUAGACGAGCGGGAGGAAAAGACGAAUUAUGGUCAACUCGAAAUCUGUAUCUAA